GGCUGAUUGGUUCCAGCUGAUUAGGUCUGAUUGGUUCCAUUUGCAGCAGCUUUAAUAGAGCAGCAGGGUCAGUGAGACAGGUUUCCAGAGUGGAGACCGGUUCCCAGAGUGGAGACAGACCCCGAGAUUUUAACCUGAGCCCGGUCUGGUCACCAUGUCGGCGCUGAAGCCCGGCUCGUGUCUGCGUUCUCUGGUCCUGACCCCCCAGAGAGUCCCGAGCUUCAUCAUCCCGUCCUGCAGCUCGCCGCUGCGUUUCUCGCCGCGGCUCGGCCGCCGCUCGCCAGACCGGACCCGGCUGCUGUCGGACGCCGAAGACCGGGCCGCGCCGAGUCCUUCUGGCUUCCUGGUCCGCCCGCCGCGGGUCAGAACCCCCCGAGGGGCGCCGCCGCUGGACCCCCACGCCGACACGGACCUGACCACGCACGCCGCCAUGUCGCUGACGCACGUCGCCAAGGUGACCACGCCCUACGGCUUCGGCGCCGUGCUGGCGGAGAGCCCCUGCACCCGCCGGAGGGAGUCCCUGUUUCACCGGAACAGACCGGCAGCACCGGGGGGGGACCUCCAGGACCAGGACCAGGACCUCCCCACGCUGACCACGGCCCGACCCACACAGGACCCGUGGACCCCUCCUGGUCCUGGUCCUGGUCCUGGUCCUGGUCCUGGUCCUGGUCCUGGUCCUGGUAGGUCCCGGGUCAGAGCCUUCGGUCUGCAGGUGAUGAAGGAGCUGAAGAGACCAGCGGCUGCUCUAAAGGAGGCCUUGAGUCCCGCCCGCAAGGGGACACGCCCCCUGUGACGUCACCACCAUGAGGACACGCCCCCUGUGACCUCACUACCAUGAGGACACGCCCUCCGAUGACCUCACUGCCUGGAAACUUCCUGUUCUGUCAGAUUCUUGUAUUUAUAGAUUGCUUUUUAACUUAAUGUUUUAAUAAAGUUUGUUUUUGACCUUCA